AUGGAGAGUAAGAAAUCAGGGAUGACUUUGAUUGAUUUUGGCUUCAAGACUAGCAGGCAGCAAGCGGAGAGUACUUUACGCGACGAGGAUGAUGUCUUUCAAGAGAAAGUCGAAGGAGAGGGAAAAGUGAGGUACUACCGGAGGAUGGUAAAAGUGGAGACACUGGAACAAAGAACUGCCGCCAACGUGUACUUGACCGGUCACAUGAUAUCGAAGGUGAGGCUGCUGCUCCGUUCCAACCAGAUGCAAAGUCAGACUCUGAGGCAAGUGAUGUGGAAUUGUGUAAAAGCAAAUCAACCUACAUCUACCAAGGCGCUGACUGUGAGUAGGAGCCUGGAAAAGGUAAAGGUAAAGAAACCACCAAAUAUCGGUGCAAUGCUUGACAAGAACUGUAAGCAGCAGCAACGGUCUCGACAACAAAUGCUGCUAAAGCAGCUUUCUUCCCUGAAAUAUCUUACCUGCCAGGGUUUAGCCAUUAGGGGUCACAUAGACAAAGAAGAAAACCUCUUUCAAUUGCUCAAGCUGCGUGCUGAUGAUGAUCUUGAGCUACAACGGUGGUUGACAGAGGCCGAAUACAUGUCUCCAAAGAUAGUUAAUAAGCAAAUACAGUUUAUGGCUCUGAGCCUGCUCCGGAGCCUCUUGUCAGAAAUUCAGUCAGUCCCAUGGUUUUCUGUUCUUGCUGACGAAACAACAGACAUAUCAUUUCACGAGCAAAUGUGCGUAGUCAUCAGAUGGAUUAAUGAUGACCAUGACAUUCUAGAAGAGCCAGUCGGGCUGAUGGAAGUUCCAAAAGCGGAUGCUGAGACGUUGACCAGUAGUUUGAAAGACGUUCUCAUUCGCUGUGUACUCCCACUUGAUCAAUGUAGAGGGCAAGCGUAUGACGGUGCUGCCAACAUGUCUGGGCGUCUCCGUGAAGUCGCUGCUCGGAUACGGAAUGAACAGCCAAAAGCACUUCAUGUGCACUGCCUUGCACACUGCUUGAAUCUCUGCUUGCAAGACACCGCUCGUAUCUGUACAAUAGUUCGUGACACUCUGCAAUUGGUCAUAGAGGUGGUCAAUAUAAUCAAGUAUUCUCCAAAACGGUCUAGUUUCUUUCAUACUGUCAAAUCACAGCUCUCUCCUAUGGCAAAUGACCUAAGGCCGCUUUGUCCAACACGAUGGACAGUUCGGAGUUCCUCGAUAAGUGCUGUAUUGGCUAACUACAGCACUCUUUCUUCAGUACUGGAGCAAAUCAACGAAACCGGUAAAGAUGAGUACGCAGUUAAAGCUGGUGGUCUUGCCAAGCAACUACAGACUUUCAACGUCUAUUUUGGUUUAAAGCUGUGCCAAUUAGUAUUCGAUCCAACUGAGCAACUCUCCAGGACUCUGCAAGGACGGGAUACAACAAUUCAAGAAGCCAAACAAGCAGCUCUAAUAAUCAAGGAUUACUUGACGAACAAGAGAACGGAUACUUGUUUCAGCAAAUUCCAUGACCGUGUCGCAAGAGAUGCCCAAAGCCUAACAGAUGAUCCUGUUUUCCAAGGCAGCAACUUUUCUGUAGUAGUAGAUAUGGAACAAAUGGUGUUGUCUGCAUCAAAUAGGGAACCCUUUACUGUGAGUCAACACUUCCGAGAUCUAUAUCAGGGAGAUUUUGACAUGGGAAGGUUGGAUACCCACCUCAAGAUGCUACUAGACAUUAUCCAACGGUAUGGUGAAAUUACCGGAGUACCAUUGAAGAAAGUGACAAAUAUCCGCACAGUUUGCCAAGCCAUGAAGGAAACACCUGGUGCUACAGCACUCUGCUCCGAAAUACACAGGUUUCUAAAAUUGUUCCAUAUAAUACCAGCGACCACCUCAACUGCAGAGAGAACAUUUUCAGCUCUGCGGAGGAUAAAGACUUACCUACGAUCAUCUAUGACACAGGAGAGGUUGAAUCAUCUUCUACUUCACUGCCACAAGGAAAGAACUGAUCAACUAGACUUGCAACAACUUGCUAAGACAUUUCUAGGAGCAAAUGAAAGACGACGGCAUUUUUUGGAACUCUGGCGUUGUUCUGCUACCAACUCCCCUCAGAUUGAAGGAAGGAGACGCAAAGGACAAUUAGCGGAGAUGGAAGCAACUAUGGGAAUCUUACGAAGUGGUAUCUGCAUUGAAGACACAGCACAGAGGUUACUGCCAGAGCAAGAUAGGAAAGAUAUAGACACAAUUCUAAAAGUAUUGGAAGACCACGUUAUGGGAUUGGUGAAUACUACGUAUGAACGGGUUUUGUAA